AUGCCGCAACCGCCCUAUCCCUCCAGACGCGCGCAAGCCUCCGCCAAAGCGGCUGUAGACACCCCCUUGACCGCGCCCAUACAUGGAUGGUUCACGAGCCCCGCGCGAUCGCAUUCGGAUCUUCCACAUGCAAAGGAGCUUCCAUUGCAUUUAAUUCACCUCAUCCUCUCAUAUGUUGACGAUGUCGGUGAUCUCGCGCGCAUUACGCGUACAUCGCGCCUCAUGUACUAUAUGAUGCUCCCGCGUCUGUAUGAGCAUGUCACAUUACGUUCCUACUCUGAGAUACGAUACGUCGAUGGCCGGCCAGAGGGUUAUGGCAGCGGCAGCCCCUUUGCCAUGGGGCUGAACACGCUGGUAUCGCGCAAUUUUGGCGACUACAUCCAGACAUUCCGUGUCCGGGGCGAAUGGCGAGAGCACGAUGCAGACGACUACAAGCAAGGGCGGGUGCCGGACAACAGCAUGGUGCUGCAGAUAGUAUUGCGUGCUGCGCUGGACAAGAUGAAGAACCUCAAAACUUUUGCCUGGGAGCUCAACAGUCCCCCUCUCUACACAGUCUAUCAGGGCCUCGUGGCCAGGACGUCGCUGUCUUCGCUGACAAUUCGCUGCCAAACACGGAGGACCCCGCGCCCGACGACAAUCAUCUCACCGCUGCCGAACUUGACCACGUUGGUUGUUUACGACAUCGAUCCGCUGUGCUAUCCCGACGACAUAUCACUCCUGAUCUAUGGCUCCAAGAAGCUCGAGAACCUCAAACUUCACUGGAGCCCGCGUAUGCGCGCUGCGGGAGAGGAGUCAGUCAACCUCAUGUCCAUCUUUGGCCGAUGCGUAGCUGCCAAAUACGCCGUGCCCAUCAAACGCCUGGCCAUAUACAAUCUCUACACCCGCUUCUCCAGCAACGAUCUCAGCAGUGUUUUAGCAAGCGAGGUUUUGUCAGAGAUCACCGUCAUCAACUCCAUGGGUGCUUCUGAUCCCAUGACAGUCUUCGUCGACGAUUCAUGGAGAGUGCACAACGCUAACAAAGAUAACAUUCCCCUCAACUUAAGAAGUAUGCGAGUUGAUCAUUUCCAGAGGGAAGGUGUACAGGCUUUAGCCAAGAUGCAAAGCAUGGACCGCUUCUACAUUGUGAGUAAACGAACAAGCAAGGAUUCAUCCAAAUCAGACAGCACUGCCGGCACACCCUUGACCCCGUCGACUACUACCCCCGGUGCACCCGCCAGCGCAAACGGCACCCCCAUCACCAUCACCGACAGAGUAUGUCGAGACCUCGGAAGCGAAUACAUCGCCGCCAUCCAAUCCAGCCACGGCACCUUGCGCCACCUCCUCCUUUCCGAUCUCUGGAACCUUUCCGACGAAGCGCUUCUCCAACUAGUCAAGUCUCUUCCCGAACUCGAACAAUUCGGUUACGCCUGCGCGGUCCCACCGCUCGACUCAUUACGCAAGAUCAUGACUGCCUUGCCCAAACUCCGCGCUAUCCGUCUCCUGAUCCGUCCGGGCCACGAAGUCGGCAACAAGGCCGACAUGAAUGACCCCGAGCUGCACAUCUUCGUCAUGGCAACGGAGUUUUGGAAGCCCGAGUACAAGAAUCUGCAGUAUAUAGGUGUGGGCGAUAAUUUGGUGUUCAAGCUAGGUGGUGUUUACUUCCCGCCCAAGAAGGAUGGGGUGACAAAUGGGAAUGAGAAUAGCAUGUUUGCGAAAAGAGCGGGGCCGGUUAGGAGGGUCGAGCAGGUUACUAGGGAGAGUGUUAGACAUGUGGAGAUUUGGGGGCUGGAUACUACGGAGUUUGACCCGGCGUUUCCUUGA